UAAGACGGGCCCGAUGUCCGUUGGCGCCAGCAGAAGCUGUGUUGUCUGCAUACUGCGGUAAGAUGGGCCCGAUGGCUGUUGGCGCCAGCAGUCUUUUGGCGCCAGCAGAAACUGUGUUGUCUGCAUAAAACGGGCACGGCUUUCCGCUUCCCUUCCAGCAGACUGUCAUACCCUUCUCCUCGAACUGGGGUGUUGAAGGACAGGGGACAAUCGAGAAAAAAAAUACCCAGUACCCCGCGCAAUAAAGAAAACAACUCCGUUCGGCCUUCCGCGCAUCACUGCACUGCCAACAUACUCGGGCAAUGGCGUCAACGGCGCUUUACGUGGCCGUUGCCGUUGUCCUUGUGGGCGUUUAUUUUCUUGCAAGACCAGGCGCGUUGGGGAAACCCAGGCCCGUAUCGUUGCCGCUUCCCCCCGGACCACCCACCUUGCCCAUUCUCGGAAACGUCCACCAAGCGCCAAAGUCACAUGCAUGGCUUCAAUACCAUGCCUGGAGCAAGACGUACGGGCCGAUCAUCCAUCUCAAUAUGGCUGGCCAGCACGUGAUCAUCCUGGCUAGCUCCAAGGCUGCCCAUGACCUGCUGGCCAAGCAGGGCGCCACUUUUUCGGACCGGCCUCGUUUUGUUGUAGCACACGAACUGGCCUUGCAGGGCAUGCACAUGCUCUUGCGGCCCUACAAUGAGCGCUUCAAGCUCCACCAAAAACUGGAGGCUCCCGUCCUGGGCGAGAGGGCGGCGAAAGCCUAUCUCCCGAUCCAGGAUCUCGAGUCGAAGCAGCUCGUUGUCGAUCUGCUCAAGGCCGGCGACGGGCCCAUCGACUGCCAUGACCACAUGGAGCGCAUGACCGCGAGCAUCAUCUACUCGCUGUUCUACGGUCAUCGCGUCCUCACGGCAAAAGAAGCCAUCCUCCUGCAAGCCCACGCAGUCAACCACGAGUUUGACCAGCUGGCGCAAGUUGGGAAAUACCUGGUCGACUCGUUCCCCGUGCUGAACAAUCUGCCGGCAUUCCUGGCACCGUGGAAAGCCGAGGCCGCUUCGCACUGGCAGCGGCAGCGGGCCCUGCACGUCGGGAAUCUCGAGCGCGGCCUCGCCAGCGAGGGCUGGAUCGUGGCCAAGCAGAUGCAAAAGGCGGUGGACACGCAGGGCAUCAACAUGCCGACGGACGAGUUGGCCCUCGACAUUGGCAUCAUGGCGGAUGCCGCGCUCGAUGCCAGCAGCGAAACCAUGGCCUGGUUCGUGCUGGCCUGCAUCACCGAGGGCCACCGCGGCUGGAUGGCCAGGGCGCAGGCGAACCUGGACGGGGUCGUGGGACGCGCCCGUCUGCCGGCCUUUGAGGACCGGCCCGCGCUUCCGUACAUUGGCGCCAUCGUAGAGGAGCUGCUGCGAUGGAGACCGGCCGGCGCCGCCGGCGUGCCGCACUUCACCAAGGUCGAGAGCAGCUACGAAAGCUUCCGCAUCCCCGCCAACUCGGUGGUCAUUGCGAACCAUUGGUCCAUCACCCGCGAGGAAGCCGUCUUUGGACCCGACGUGGAAGACUUUGUGCCGGAGCGGUGGCUCGAUACCAAGUCCGGCCAGGCCCGGGAACUGCCGACCGCUGGGUUCGGAUAUGGGCGUCGCAUCUGCCCCGGGCGCCAUGUCGCGCGCAACAGCUUGUGGAUUGCCAUUGCUCGCGUACUGUGGGCGUUUAACGUCGAGCCUGAGCUGUCCGAGACGGGCGAGGCCGUUGCCGUGGACACGAAGGGCACCGACGGACUUGUCACCAAGCCGCUGCCAUUCAAAGCCCGAUUUUCGCCACGGGGUGACUGGGUUAGAGAUGUCCUGACGAUGGAAGGUGACACUUGGGCAGUUGAUCAUCACGAGGUGCUUGACAAACUUGCAGUCGGUGUCUUUAUAUAAGACAGACCGUGACGUAUGAGGAAGGGGGGCGCAGCAAUGCAGGGGCCGAUUUCGUCGUGGCCAUGGAAGGAUCCCGGGAGCAGGGGUGGGG